AUGACUCAGGAGCCGCCAGCGUAUACAGAAGCAACUUCACAGCCUCAGAAUGGCUUCACAACAUUCUCCCACUAUACCCACACCACCACUCAAAUAAUAAGAAAGUCUCUGAAAAAUGUGCAAAGAAAUCAAAAAGUGAGUCGAUCAGGGUGGUUUUUUCCAAUAAUAUAUUCCAUUUUCAUCGUGAUAGCUCUUCUCAUGGUGACUCUUGGAUCAGUUUCGUAUGGCGUAAAGGACAUCUAUAUAGUUCGGUUCGACAUUGGAUACACUCAAUUCCAGGUUACAGAAAACAUGACCAACGAAAGUUCACAAAAACCAAUUUUCAUGGGGUCAAACGGUGCUCUUCCAGACGACUACGAAUAUGUCUCUGGCUACAAUCUUGGCUUCCAUGAAUAUUACCAAGUGGGCAUCUUCAAUUGGCUCCAGUACUAUUUGCAGCCAACGAAAACCACCAAGAUUUCCAAUCUGGAAGGCAUAAAUCUUCCCAAAACUCUUAAUGAAAACUCCGAGAAACACAUUAAUGUGCCAGGAUUCAAUUAUAAACCAAAAUCUCAUCCCAAACUUAAUUCCAUGAAUAAUGCCUUCAAGGUACUUCAACCAAUAAGUAUCAUGGCACUAGUCGGGUUUGUAGUUUGUUGGUUCAGUGUUAUUGCCGACGCUUCAGGAAGGUUCAAAUACGUUCCGUGUGGAUGUCUUGCAUGGUUUCUGCUAAUAUGUCAUCUUAUAUAUGCAAUCUGCUAUACUAUUGCAGCCAUUGGAUAUGCCAACGAAAUUCGCAGCCAAGUCAGAUCUACCCUGGUUCGUUCUGGAACCACAGGCAUGGGUCUCUUGUGGGCAUCCUUCGUUUUUCAGAUAAUUGCAGGUGUUUUUCAUAAUGCCAAAAACAUACCACUUUCUCAACUGGGCACUGACGUACCCCACCAUGUCCACCAUCUGCAGGAUUGA